ACUGCGGCAAGAGCCUAGUGGAAGUCGACCUGGGACCUCGUUGAGUUGGUAACUUCCUUUUCUCUCUUUAGUUCAUUUCAGGCAAAAUGGGUAUCAGCCGGGAUCACUGGCAUAAAAGGCGCGCCACCGGAGGCAAAAGGAAGCCUCUUCGUAAGAAGAGGAAGUUCGAGUUAGGCCGCCCAGCCGCCAACACCAAGCUUGGCCCACAGAGAGUCCACUAUGUGCGCACCCGCGGUGGCAACACCAAGUACAGGGCCCUGCGUUUGGACACCGGUAAUUUUGCCUGGGGAUCUGAGGGUACCGCUCGCAAGACCCGUAUUAUCGACGUUGUCUACAACGCCAGCAACAAUGAAUUGGUCCGUACCAAGACUUUGGUAAAGAAUGCCAUUGUUGUCAUUGAUGCCACUCCAUUCAGACAGUGGUAUGAAAGUCACUACAUUACUCCUUUGGGUCGCAAGAAGGGCGCUAAGCUGACUGAAGCUGAAGAAGCCCUCAUCAACAAGAAGCGUAGUAAGAAGGUAGCGAAGAAAUACGAAGUGAGACAACGCACCGCCAAGGUCGAACCAGCGAUUGAAGAACAAUUCACAACUGGUCGUCUGUUAGCGUGCUUGGCAUCCCGACCGGGUCAGUGCGGUAGAGCCGACGGAUAUGUGCUGGAAGGCAAGGAACUCGAGUUCUACAUGCGUAAGAUUAAGUCUAAGAAAGCCAAGUAAGCGUGGGAGGUUUUGAUUAAUGAAAAAACAACAGAAAAACUUAUGGUGUGAAUAAAUGCGUCUAACACCUGUAAUUUAUAA